GCGAGACUUCACCGUCUCUGUCUUUUCCUCCUUCCAGUGCCCGGCUUUCCUCCCCUCCCCCCUCGCCGCCGACCGAGUUCUUCCUUUUCAGACCGAGUCGUCUUGUCGUCGCGGAGAUUUUCCUUCUACUGCUGCUGCUGCUACCGCCACCACUACCACUGGGCUUAUUUGCCCCGACCCCUUCCCGCUGCCCCGCCCCCAGCCCCACACAAGAUGUCAGAGGAUUUAGCAAAGCAGCUGGCAAGCUACAAAGCUCAGCUCCAGCAAGUUGAAGCUGCAUUAUCUGGAAAUGGAGAAAAUGAAGAUUUGCUAAAAUUGAAGAAAGAUUUACAAGAAGUUAUAGAACUAACCAAAGACCUUCUGUCAACUCAACCUUCUGAGACGCUUGCAAGUUCAGACAGUUUUGCUUCUACUCAACCUACUCAUUCAUGGAAAGUAGGAGACAAGUGUAUGGCAAUCUGGAGUGAAGAUGGACAGUGUUAUGAAGCGGAGAUUGAAGAGAUAGAUGAAGAAAAUGGCACCGCUGCAAUCACCUUUGCUGGUUAUGGCAAUGCUGAAGUGACUCCACUGUUGAACCUCAAGCCUGUAGAAGAAGGAAGGAAAGCAAAGGAGGACAGUGGCAACAAACCCAUGUCAAAAAAAGAAAUGAUUGCCCAGCAGCGUGAAUAUAAAAAGAAGAAAGCUUUGAAAAAAGCUCAGAGAAUAAAAGAACUUGAGCAAGAAAGAGAGGACCAGAAAGUGAAAUGGCAACAAUUCAACAACAGAGCCUAUUCCAAAAACAAAAAAGGCCAGGUAAAGAGGAGUAUUUUUGCUUCACCUGAGAGUGUGACUGGCAAAGUUGGAGUAGGAACUUGUGGAAUUGCCGAUAAACCUAUGACACAAUAUCAAGAUACCUCUGUAUAUAAUGUCAGGCAUUUGAUGCCUCAAUAAUCAGAAAAACUGUUGGAUUUCAUCUCUGCAGGGCUUUACAUUUACCUUUUUAUCCUUAUAUUUUUCUAAAGGUAAAUUAUUUGUUAAGAUGAGUAAGCAAGAUACCAUUGUCGUCAUUGGUUGACUUCAGUAGAAUGAAACGUGAAGAAAUUGCAUUUGAAAACUGCUAUUUGUUUAACUUUUCUCAUUAUCAGUACCACGGUUCCCUCAAAGUUUGUUGAAUAAAGCAACUUUUGUAGAUGCUGUUUCAUACAGCACUUAGAUGAAUUAUUGAUCUUCCUAAUAUCAGGCGCCUACUUAACCUAUGGUAUGUACUUUUUGUAAGUUGUAACUUGAAAUUUUCAGAUGCUUUGAACUUGACACAUAUUCUGGCAAUUCAUUGGAACACCAAGGCAAAAACACCAACCUGCUAAAGAGAUCCUUUCAUUUUUCUUAUUUUCAACUUUAAAACUUAGCUGUCGUUCAGUUAAGCCUAAAGAUAGGUUAAUUUGUAAAUGGCAAAGUUUGUUUUGAGGUUUUUCCUCAAAAACUUGUAUCCUAGGCCUAUUAGGCCAUCUCUAAAAUUGAUGUGUUUUAUUUUUAUGUACUCUUAGUUCUAUGUAAGAAACCUUAGGAUGAGCUCCCUUUUCUAAGGUGUUUUUGUUUUUUGUAUGUUUGCUUUUUUCCUGUUUUUUGUUUUUUUCAUUUACGGCAGUGGUACCAUGUUUUGGAUGUGUAAUGUUUAUAUGGGAGAACAAAAAGCUGAUGUAUAGCCCUGUAUACAGUGUAGAUACUAUUUUUGUAAAAACACAAGGCUAAAUUAAUGAACAAGAGUACUGAAUGUUUCAUCAUUAAAAAUUUCUUGUAUUUCUUGUGCAUUAAUCUGACCAUAAUUUCCCUGUAUAUUAUGUUCAUUUAGCUGUUUGUAAUUUUUGUUAAUUAGAUCAAGUUGUCUGCAUUUGUUGGUGUAAAUGAACAUCACAGUUAUCCUGAGUUGAGUUUAAGCCAAAUACAUGCAUAGAAAAGGGUCUUCCUGUUAAUGGAAGAAGGUAAUUUUUAGGAUGUGUAUUAUUUCAGUUUUGUAUGUUUAACUUUUAUUAAAUAAAGUGUUUUUAAAAUCUCCAGGGUGUGUUAACAAAAGGGUAAGCUCUUUAGCUGUCAGCACUUAACAGUGAUUAAACUUGCACACAGCAUUGCCAUGGAAGAGAAUAUUGAGUGUGAGAGGAAGGUUUCAGUAAAUCCUUAAGUAUUCCUUCCAUUAGAAGAAAUUGGAUCUUAAAGGGCAAACUAGGCAUGUGUUUAUAGGAUGUUCUCAUUUUAAUGGGUGUUUGUAGAUUUUUGGAGGAAAGGGAAAAUAAAUUUUUAUUUCAUGAAUUUUAACUUUUUUUAUAAAUUGAAACUUAGGACAGUGUUAGGUAGAAUUCUUCAUCUCUCCCUUCCACCCCCAACCCCUCUCAACCCAGGAGGGUCACUUUUUCUUCAUAUAAUUCGUGGCCACAGGGUAGGACAGAAAGGCACAAAUUGCAGUAGAAAAAGGGCUCUUUGAAGCCUGUAAACUUCUAAAUAAAAUAAAGUUUCUUAUUGUAACAUCUUAAGAGCUUAUCAAUAAUCAAGAGUGGCCUUGAUGGACUGCAAGAGAAUCCUUUGAAUUAAAAGCAAUGGGAAGAAAUUUGGUGUCAUUGUGACCCCAGAAAAUGGUUGUUGAGAUUACCUUGGUGGUGGUAGAAUAGUAAUUCACCUGAUGUUUGUGUAGGCAGGACUGUUAACAGUCUUGUCCCUCUUUUGACCCUGAGGGCCUUAGUUUUCCCAGAGGACUUUGCAGUAGGAGAGAGAAAAGGAAUAAAAGUGACCUUAUCAAAAAAAAAAAAAAAAAUCCAUUUUGAAAAUAGACCUUUAGAAUGAAAUCAGCAACCAUUGUGUCAAAGAUCUAGAUGUGGCCCUUUGGAAAAUCCUAGUGUCAGGAUGAUGAUUGUGUCUCUGAACUAAGGCAGGACUCCUGGGGAGACUACCUGUCAGUGUGAUACUGAAUUUGAGAAGACACUCAAUGAGAAGCAUGAUACCAACAGUAUUUUACAAUUGAAGGUGGUUAAGCUCUCUAUUCUAAAACGAAAUAUAAACGUUGACCUUAAAAAGCUUUGUUAGAAAAUUUAAUGCGGAGUUUUCCCCAUUAAGAAAGGAGACUUGAAGCUUUGAAACUGUGACAGACUGAAAUGUUAAAUACGGAGUUAUGGGCCCCUAAGUAGAAAUGGUUGCAUGUAACUUACCAAAGCUUGACAUUUGACUGUUGUUACCAUUUCAAGGAAAGAACAGUUCUAACCUCCCGGAAAUUAAUAACCAAAAUGUUUAGUUUUAGUAGUAAUCACAGGUAACAAGUGCUAUUUUAAUUAACAUGUAGGGAGGCCACAGAGCAUAUUGGAAAACAGCAAGGACUGUAGAACCAGACAAGUGUUUAUUACCAUUUAUUACCUGUGUAUUCCCAUUUAUUACUUGUGUAUUCCUCUGACUCAUUUUUCUCAGCUGUAGAAUGGAAAAAUCUGUUGUAGUUUUAAGGAUUGAGUUCAAAUGUGUAAACAGCUUGAGUGUCUGGCAUAAGCACUAUAGAAGUGUCUGCUAUUACUCUGCAGAGUGGCAAUGGUGAAUUAUCUGGUAUUUUUUCUGUAACUUCAACAGCAAUCCACAUUACAAUGGAUAACAAUACCCAUUGUUUAUGAUUUGAGGCAUCCAAUUAUAACCAUUAUUGAAGUGUUACCAAAUUACCAAGGUUGUAAGAUAUAUUUAAUAUUCCUAGUUAAAUGUUUGAACUAAUUUGUAUACUAGGGCAUGUUUUCUUAAUGAGAAGGGGGUGAAGGUUAUAAUAAAAGUCACCCCUAAUGCUUGUUUAAAAUUAAAGAGGAAUUUGUGGACCUGGGACCAACCUUAGACUUAUCCAGGCCAAGGUAUGUCUGUCUGACGAACACCACAGGUGAUCCUGAUGUGCAGCCCUGUCUGAGAACUGUUUUGUUAACUAUAAAGAUUUGACUUUUGAAAUUAAGAAAAAUUACCUUUUAGCCUAAUCAUGAAGACUAGGCAUCAAACCAAAACAAGAUGCAUCAGUUAUUGUAGCAACACACAUUUUUUUUAAAAAAAUUGCUUGUUGUCACAUUGAAGGGUGUGUAUGUUUCCAGUAUGCAAUUCUAAUUCUGAAUGUCUCCCUUAAAAAUAGCAAAGGAGACCAUCAGGUUAACAUAAAGGAAAAUUGUAGUUUUGUGACUCUUGUGUGUCUAGUUAUAAUUUUAUAAUUACAAUUUUUAUAAGAUUAAAACUACUGGUUGUAAAUUCAACCAAAAAAAAAAAAA